AUGAUGGUGGUGAUGAUGAUGAAGAAGAAGGAGGAGGAGGAGGAGGUGCGUAACGUGGAAGAUUAUGGAGUUGGGUAUAUGAGACAGUUAGUGGUGGUCAAUUUUAGAAGUAGAGAGGUAGGACCUACACACCCGCACUCAGUCACUAACUACCUCACUCCACCGGCAAGAAAUGCCAAUUUGGCAAACAUGAAAGAAACCCAACGCGCACGUAAAGCAAAAGUCUGUAUCAAUAGGGUUGUGGGGACCACUAUAGUGCUCUGGCUACAAAAAUUUGGGAGCCUAAAUCGAUCAGUUUUGCUUCUUUCAAUAACCCUAAUUUGUUUAUGGACGAGUCAUCCAUGGCAUUGUCUAGGACGUCCAAGAGAGAAGGAAGUGAAUGGCUUCAUUGAAGGACAAUAUAUUCCGUAUGGGUCACUGGUCAAGCAGUUCAUGCAAUUUAAGCGAGGUUCAGAAGUGGAUUUGCCCAGUCAGCUGGUGAAUAUCCUGAUAAGCGUGAGUGUCAUUUAUGAACGAAUUACGACCACUAAAAUAGGACUGAAUGAGCGAGAUGAGGAAAAGGUGAGACAAUUCCCCAAAAAAAGGGAUUUUAAGGAGCCGCUAGAGAGUUCCUUGGAAAAUCUAAAGUAUUUGUUCCACCGUAACCAUCCCAACAUAACCCAAAACUCAUCAGAAAAUAAUGUCACGAGGAUGAAUAGGAGCUUCGGUAUUGAUGUAGAAUCCGGCCUCCCUAUCGGAACCCCUGAAUACUUGGUGAGGAUUGGUAUUGGUACCCCUCCCCAGUAUCAAUACUUAGCUAUUGAUACUGGGAGUGAUGUCACAUGGGUACAAUGCCGACCUUGUGACCACUGUUACCCACAAAGAAACCCUAUAUUUAACGCGACAGCCUCAUCAACUGCUCGACCUCUUCCUUGCAAAACCCUAGCUUGUAACAUGCUUGGCAAUAAGGGACAUUGCAUUAAAGGUCAAUGCCAGUACAAAGCUAAGUAUAUGGACAAAUCAUAUACUCACGGGCAAUAUGCAUUUGAAAGUUUCACAUCUGGAGACAGCACCAUUCCCAAUGUAGCUGUCGGUCUUGGUCACAAGAACAAAGGGACAUUCUCAGAAUUUUCUGGCAUAUUGGGCCUUGGAGGUGGUUUUUCCUUUCGAAAUCAGUUGGGGGCCGCUCUACCUAUUAGCUUCUGCCUACCUCAUCCAAAUACAGCUUCAAUCGGUUGGUUGGAGAUUGGUGAUAUUUCAGGAACUGUUCAGUGGAUUUCCAUACAGCAUACCCCAAAGUUUCCUGACAAGAAAUUGGACAUCCCACAGAUUAUCUUCCAGCUCACUGGAGAUGGCGAGGGAGGGGUUAUUGUGGACACGGGAACUGUAAUAACAAGGUUCCCGAAUAUUGCUUAUGAGGCACUUCGUGACUCGUUCUUGAAAGAAACUAAUUAUGUUCGAGCUCCACCCAAAUCAGGUUUUGAUACUUGUUUUACGGUGCCUCAAUUUCAGAGUUUGGAUUUGCCCACUAUCUCAUUGUAUUUCACAGAAGGACUUGUCCUUGACAUACGAUCGGAUAGCGUCCUGAUUCAAGUGGAUGAUGAAAAAAUGAUUAACGGAGCACGUAUACUUAUUUGUAUGUUGGUUGUGACUAUGGAUGUAGUAGCUGGUAUUGUUGGCAUCCGAGCAGAAAUUGCAUGA